GUUGUAGUCCGACGGCUGUGAAGCGAGGGGAGGCGGUGCGUGACGUCGGCGGAAUGUAGCGGCGUUCUCGCCGAGCUGGCCGGUGACAGAGUGCCAGCCGCACCCCGGAGGGCGGAGGGACGAGGGACGGCGCCCGUUCGGCAGCUCGACAGGGGCUGCGGGGGGGAGGGAGGGAGAGAGGCCGUGACGAAGCGGGGACUGCACCCGGCGCUCCGGCUGGCUGCAGUGCGAGGAAAGGAAGGCUGGAUUGGUGCUGGUACCGGGCGAGGGCUGCGACCUGCUCCGUCCGAUAGCACUGCACCAAUCCGCGCCAGUUUACCGUCGGUCGAUCGUGACAGCCCCUUUUCCUUUCCUCCCUCCCCCUUGGGUAAUCCGUUCAGCCCCGUCUAUCAAUAGCACUGAGGCGAGUCAAACUGGGCUUCACGGUGCCGCUGGUAAAUCAUCUGUAACAACAUGAAGAUCAAAGACGCCAAGAAACCCUCGUUCCCCUGGUUUGGGAUGGAUAUUGGUGGGACUCUGGUGAAGCUGGUUUAUUUUGAGCCAAUUGAUAUCACAGCUGAGGAAGAAGAAGAGGAGGUGGAGAGCCUAAAAAGUAUUCGCAAGUAUUUGGUGUCAAAUGUUGCCUAUGGGUCCACAGGCAUCCGAGAUGUGCACCUUGAGCUCAAAGACUUGACGCUUUGUGGCCGCAAAGGAAACCUGCACUUUAUUCGAUUUCCAACGCAUGACCUACCUACCUUCAUUCAGAUGGGGAGAGACAAGAACUUUUCAACACUACACACAGUGCUUUGUGCAACUGGAGGUGGUGCUUAUAAAUUUGAAGAAGAAUUUCGUACGAUUGGUAAUCUGCAGUUACACAAACUGGAUGAACUGGAUUGCCUGGUUAAUGGCCUUUUGCACAUUGACUCUCUCAGCUUUAAUGGCCAGGCAGAAUGUUACUACUUUGAGAAUGCCUCUGAUCCUGAGAAAUGCCAGAAGAUGCCUUUCAACCUUGAUGACCCCUACCCAUUGCUCGUGGUGAACAUUGGUUCAGGAGUCAGCAUAUUAGCUGUUUACUCAAAGGACCAUUAUAAAAGAGUAACUGGAACCAGUUUAGGAGGUGGAACCUUCCUGGGCCUCUGCUGUUUGCUUACAGGUUGUGAGACUUUCGAUGAAGCUCUUGAAAUGGCCUCUAAAGGUGACAGCACAAUGGCCGACAAACUAGUCCGGGAUAUCUAUGGAGGGGACUACGAGCGAUUUGGUUUGCCAGGUUGGGCAGUAGCUUCCAGCUUUGGCAACAUGAUUUGCAGAGAGAAACGUGAUUUAGUUAGCAAAGAAGACCUAGCAAGAGCUACCUUGGUCACCAUCACAAACAACAUUGGAUCCAUUGCACGAAUGUGUGCACUGAAUGAGAAAAUAAACAGAGUUGUUUUUGUUGGGAACUUCCUGCGAGUUAAUACACUGUCAAUGAAGCUUCUGGCCUAUGCAUUGGACUACUGGUCAAGGGGACAACUGAAGGCAUUAUUUCUAGAGCAUGAGGGUUACUUUGGAGCAGUAGGUGCCCUGCUUGGACUUCUCAAUUCUACUUGAGGUAUUCUACAUCCUGCUGAUAACAGAAGAAAGGUGCACAACUGGGAAACAAAUACAUUCUUCCAGGGGUGAAAACCUGGUGAAAAUAUUUGACGAAAUUGAGCCACACUACAGGCUGGUUUAUUAACUAUUCUUUGUACUUGAAUUGUGAAAAAUCAUAGUGUUUUAAUUGGGGCCACUAUAUUGGGCAUUUAAAUGCGGUUUAGUUUAUUAAAACAAUGUUGCUAAAUACUUUGUAUUGCCACAUCAGCAUAAUUUAUUUGGGUUUGUCGAUCUAAUCUUGGUUUACUCUUUAACCUAUUCAGAUAGUCUCCAAAGUACUGAUAAACCUAUGCAAAUCAAGGCCUUAUUUAGAAUGAUCUUAUCUCAGAUUGCUUAUAGAAAGAUAAGUACUGAUUUGCACAGGUAUUAUGAAGAAAUUGUCUGUAACAAGAUCUUUGAUUGGGUAUCUGCCCAAUGGGUAACAUUAGGAAGUUGCAAGAGCAUUCACUUUGCAAUACAGUGUUUAAGCGGGCUUUCUUUUAGUAAUAACUCUAGUGAAAAUAAGUGCAAAAUUUCUUAAUGUUGCCGGAUUCAAUGUCAGCAACUAAAAUGUGACCCCUGGGAGGCCCACCUGAUAUCUCUGUAUGUAUUUGCUGAAAGUGGCUUUUAUUUAUUUUAUAAAGUAGUUGUUAAUUUUAUUUGGAAAAUGUGCAUUUUAUAAGGGAGGGAUGGAAUCCUACCUUUGUGAAAUUACUAGAAAUCUUUUGAUCUCUAAAAUGCCUUAAGCCUGUAUCAGCUAAAGCUGCACAAUGUAACAUCCUUACAGAAAAUGAGGAAACCUAAACUUGUGUACCGUUUUUUUUAACCACAGUUAAAGUUAUACUUUUUGUUGAAGAUCCUGAACAUAAUUUCAUUGCUGGAUAUGGUAUAUCUGACGGUGUGUGGUUCUAUAAACCAUCAGAAUCUGAACAAAUUUUACGCUUGUUGUCUAAACUGGGUUAUCAAAUCAUUCUUUAAGUUCUUUGAUGUUAGUUGUUUUAUUAUAUGUGAAUUUUGUAGGGGAUGUUAAUUUUUUCACAGAAAGGUGCAAUAGUCCUGGACUAGUGCCUUCCACAUUGAUAUAUGAUGAUUUCUGACUGAGUGACUGUGACAUGCAAUAAUUGCUGGAGAUAUUGGUAAUCACUUGACAAUUAUGAAAGGAUGUGAGCAGUAUUAAAUGUACUCUGACCUUGUGUAUUCUGCUAAUUGGCUGCAACUGUCAGUCCCUCACGUGUAUAAUGACUACGUGCCAAUUGUUCAUCUAAUAUUCACUUUCCACUUGGAUAGAGAAUAUUGUUGUUUUAUUCUCAGAAAAAUAGACCACCAGUUUAGAAAAAAAUGGCCACAAUCUUACCUGUGGAUAGGUAUGUAUAUCACAACUUUAUUUUCAAAAUUCCUUGUACCUUCUGUAAUUUUCUGAACUGUAAUCUCAUUAAACUCUACUGAAAGAGGGAAUCCAAUUAGUAGUUAAUAGGAUUGGACCACUGUGAGAAGGCUCCAAAAUUUGGUGUCCAUGUACAGGAGUGCUUACAAAUGAAAAUUAAUGACAAUACAUAACUAAAAAUAUAAGCAGGUAGUGAAUUGAGGCCUGGACCAAUAGAGGCAACUCUAAAUGCAAAACAUUGGUGUUCACUUCUUGCAUAGGAUAUUACCUUAAGUAUUUCGGAUGGUUGAAUUUUUGAUGAUCGUUCAUUUUUGUCAGCAGCAUUUACACUGUCAAACAUUUGCUGUAGUCCUACGACGGUUGUUUCACCGUGUCAGAGAGCAGUUAAUUAACAUAGUCCUGCUCAGCUACGAAUAGCAGAGUUCAUUCUACAAAGCACAUUUAGAUUUUUAUAACAAUCUGCAUUCUCACUUGUUUGUACAUUUCUACUUUUUCUUUAAACCAACUCUAAUUCUGAUCAAUCCUAGCAUGACUUUAAUUUCUAUUAUUUGGAUUAUGAAUUUUGAUGUCUGAAUAGAGUGAUAAAAAUUUCAGUAAUUGAUGUUCACAGUUUUUUUCCCUGCAUUCCAGUUAUUAGCAUUUUGGUCAGAACUGCUUGCUACAUUUUUUUUAAUUGCAUAUUGCCACAAAAAGUAAACAUGAGGCUUGUUUAAUUAUUUUGUUUUCAGGCCUUUAUAUUUUAGAUUGAUUUUACCAUUAGCUUCAAAGAGACAGAAAAUUGUACCAUUUAUGUCCCAAUGGUUCUUGCAGAUAUUGUUCCUCUAACUUGCUGGGAUUCAAUUGGCUUGAAGUUUUAAGCUCUUAAUUUGGAAAAAAAUAGUUUCCCUGCUUGUCUUGCUUAUACUAAAACAUCCGGAAAGUAUUUCUCCCAUUUGAGAUAGAGAAGUACCAGAAGUCUUGGCAUAAACGUCAGGCUUAUGAAAAGGAAAGAAUACUGCAGUUGAGUCAACACUUUCAUGACUUUAUACAAUCUGUACUCAUCCAUGGAGAGAAUGCACUUUCUGGCUACCCCACUUAUUUGUAAUUACAACUACAGUUAAUUGCAUUUUACAUUGUAAAUAUUGCAGUAUUUCAUAACAGUAUGCUCAGAUAUGAGGAGGACUCUUCAAGCUAAUGACCAAACGGUUGUUCACAAGAAGGUUUCAGGCAGAAUAUUGGGGCAUGGACACUAGUUAGGCACAGCUUCCAGUGGUGGGGACAAAGUCAAUGAGGAUGAGAGAAGUAUAGAGUUCUUGAAGAAGUGCAUUCUUGGAGGAUGUAACAGAAAUAGGCAGAGGUAAUUCUUAACAGAGGGUUAGAAUUUAAAACUGAGGAGCUAGUAGUAUGCCAACCAAUGUUAAUCAGUGAGACUGGUAAAUUAUAAUAUCUUUUGAAACUGUCAAUGACUAUCCAUUGACCUUUUUCAGCUUCUAUCUCCCUCCACUACUGUUGCAUUCCACCUACUCAGAACUGUUAAAAUACAGGCUACAAAAAUGCAUAACAACUACGAAUACUGAAAAAGAUUAACCUAACCAGCUAAAUAUUGUCAUAUUAACUGGUAAUAUCAAGACUGAGAGUUUCAGCAGCAGGUAGACUGAGGUAGAACAUAUGACGUCUGCUUGCAAGAUUGAGUUGGGUGGGUAUUGCAAUGGAAAGCAUUUGGCCUUUGAAGCUGGGUUCUGAGCCUCCCUAGCCUGAAGUACUAGGGACAAGGCUAGAAAUAGUAGUUAAGGAAAUGAUGGUGGCUGCAGUCUUCCUAACAUUCAAUUGGAAUGAAUAAAUGCAAUGACGUUAAGGUGGUUGGUCAACAUUCUUUAAUUUGAUUAAAUUGCCUUUUUUGAUCUAACUACAUUAUUUCCUUGGCACACAAUUUUAAAAACUGAAUCAGUAGUAAUUUAAGUUGUUAUACUUCCUUCUUUAAAUAUUUCCUCAGGCACCGAAAUCAGCUAUACAGGUGCAUUGGAAUUCUUUGAUCUGUUCUGCAAUUAAUGUAACUGUUCAAAUCAUUAAGUUUAAUAAUUUAUUUGCAUUUAAAAUUUUAUUUUUUGUAGAAAUUUAUGGGCAGAGCAGUUUUUGAAAAAUAUAUAGUUACUAAAAUAAGUGGUUUGGGGAAAAGAUGAGAAUUCAAGUUUCACAUCUACCCUAAAUCAAAAAGUGAAUUCCAUUUUGUACCAAUUGUUUUUUUCUGGAUUUUAAAAUGUUCUUUCUCCUAAUUGCCUUAAUUUCAAUAGCAAAGCAUAAGAGUUUCUUUUGAAGACUGAUUUAUUAGUUAUUUUUCAUCAUUUAAGUCUUGGUACUGUUAGGAAUUGCAUAACGUCUCUCUGGUAUCUAGUAUGCAGAAGCAGGGGAGGGACAUAUCUGAGUCUCACUGAUAAUUUCACAGAAAUUUCUCUUCUAAACUUGUCAUGCUGUAUAAUCUAUUUCCUACAAUUUAAAUAGACCAUAGCCAUUGUAAAUUCCCCUGCCUACAUUCAUUUGAAGCAAAAGGAAGUGAAUCUGAAUCAGGCAGCCAAUUAGAAUGUUCUUUCAGAAAUUUGCUAGAGUCUUUGGUGACAUACCAAUUCUACUCAAACUCCUAAGCAAAUGCAGCCACUGUCACUUCCUUUGUAAUUGCAUCAAUAUGUUAGGUCCAGGAUUGAUCCUCAGAGAUAUUGACACCCAGGAACUUGAAACUGCUCAUCCAUUCCAUUUCUGAUCCCUGGGUGAAGAUUGGUGUGUGUCCUCUCGGCUUCCCAUUUCAAAGUCCACAGUCAAUUCUUUGGUCUUUCUGACAUUAAGUGCAAGGCUGUUGCUGUGACACCAUUCCUUACUCUGUUCCAUGUACAUCACCACACUACUACUACUAUUAUGUCAACUCAAGCCUAGGGGGCUGGCAGAAGUUUUGUCAGAAAUUUUGUCAGAAGUUUCUAUUUUGGAUCUAAACUUAAUCCUGCUAGCUGUCAUCUUACUAGGCAUCAUUUGCUUAGGCAGUGGCCUGAAUUUUAUUGAGAGGCAGUAUCCUCAGAGUAUUUAAUUUGUCUACAAACUGGUAGCUUAAAUAGUAAACAAUUCCAGUAGAAUAUUGGGAACAAAGAAAUUGUGAAGUCACCUUAAUUAUUUCAUAAUGCAUAAAAAUGUUAUCUGGUUUUUGCAUAAAUAAACAAUAAAUCAAUUUUUAGUGAUGCUGUGUACUUUAACAUAAUGCAUCAAGGUUCUGUUUUCAGAGUGCCUUGUUGAAUUUUAGUAUAACUAGACAGCAUGCAUCUUGGAGCUUGACAAUUACAUUUAUUUAAGGAGCAGUCACUGAAGAUGUAUGUACAAGGUCCAAUUAUGUCUGGAUCCUCAAAAUAUAAUUAAUUUAGGCAAAACUCUACCCUGUUAUUUAAAUAUGUAGCUGACAUGCUAAAUAUUUUAUUGUGCUAUGAUAGGAUCUGUUUCAUUUGCAGAACUCGAGGCAGUGAGGCUUAACUGAGCAUUAUUUUUCCUGUAAACCAUUGGUUCAAUCUUUAAAUACAAAGUUGUCAUACAGUUUCGAAAGAAAUUUAUGAUAAGCCAUUUUGUACAGAUGCUGUUCUCAUUGAUAGUGAUAGCACAUCUAAAUAGUAGUAACUUUAUUAUAGAACACAAAAACAGAUGAUGUAGUUCAAAGUGCUUUACAUUGGGAUAAAGUGCAAACAUUAAAAUAAAAAUAAACAUGAAAAUAGAAGACAAAGAUGUUGGUUAAGAGCAAGGUUAAAUAAAUAGAUUUUGACCUGGCGUGUAAAAGUGUAAACUGAGUUUGUAUCCCUUGUAGUUUUAGAUAUUGAAUUCCAUAGUUUAGAGCCGCAGUUCAAAACAACUGACCUGCCAGUUAACUUUUGAGGGAGAUUGUUUAAAUUUAAGAGCCUGGCAGCAAAAGACCUGAGAGCUCGCGUAGGAUUAUAAAAUGAAAAUGACUCUGAUGUAAAAAGUACAUUUUUUAUAGCAAGUUUUGUACUGGGAGCAAUGAUUUUACACCCCAUUUCAAAUACUGACAAGUCUUCUACAAGUUAUAACUAAUAUCCUAAUAUCCCCAUCUAUUGCCUGCAACAAAGUUACUCUUGCAAUACUUCCCCCCCUGUCCCCCCAAUCUCUGUUCUCAUUGAAGUUGAUAUGUUUGGUAAAGGUGAUGCAUGGCUUGUAUAGAAAAUUUGUAUCUGGAAAAUUUGGCUGAUAUUACUUCUGAUGUCAUUUGGGUAUGUCACACAGUUUAAAGUGGUUUUUGGAGAACAUGGGAUGGAUUUAAAAGUUAUAGUAGGGAAGAGCUGUUAUCAACCUCUUGAAAAGUCACACAGGGCUGAUUUCCUAAUUUUCUGAAGUGCCCAAAACAAAAACACGGCCAAGGUGGAGAGAGGCAGGAGAUGAGAAGAAAUUGUUGCUUUUAUCGGAACAAGUUAAGUUCUAACCUAAUGUCUCAGAAGUGGAUCUUAAUAUGAGAAUGGGGAGUCUGAAAAAGGGACCCGCAUGAUCUGAUCAUUGGUUUAAAUUGUAUAGUUUGGGUUAGUUUUCCGAAUUAUGUUUUUCUCCCCAAAAAUUUUGAAUUGCAUUAAAAUUCGAUGUGUGUUAGGUGAUGUAAAGUGGUUAUUAUUAUUCCAAGAUAAUGAAGGAAACUAGUUGAUCCAGACAAUUUGUAGGCAUUAAAAUCUGAAGGACCUAAUCUUGAACUUUAAAGGGCCUGAAAUGAUGUAAAUAAUACAGAUAUUUCCUGAUUUACUUGACAACUCUGUGAUAUAGAUAUCCACCUUUACCUCUACUCCAUUACAUUCAAAGCUAUGAUUUAAAUUGCUAUUGGUUAAAAAUGACACAGCAUCUGUUCUUCCUCAGCAAUAUUUUAAUUGUUUUUUUUAAUCAAGAAAGCAUAGUAUCUUAAGUUUUGAUUUUUUUAAUUUAUAGGUAUUCAUGAGUAUAUUUCAAUCCUAUUAAUCUUCUGUUCAAUGAUACACUUGGGUAAGCUGUCAUUUAACUAGUAUCAAACUGUAUAUCAAUUGGUAUAGUCUUAGUUAAAACGGUCUUACAAUAGACUCGUUACCAUUUGGUUAAAGUAGAAAGAUAGUGCUUGUGUGCAAAAUUUAAGGAAAUGCAUAGUUUUGAGACAGUUGUUCAGAUCUGAAGGGUGUAAAAUAACGUGGCUGAUUUGGAAUAAAAUCCAAUCUGUUCUAAAUGCUGUAACCAGUUGAAUUGCAGAUAUUGAACCUUCCGUGCUGUUGAAUCUUUGAUAAUAGUUAAAGAGAAUCAAGAGGCAAUAUCCUUAAGAUAUUCCUUUCUGUCUCCACCCCCUUGUAAAAUGAGUCAAAACGAAUGGUACAUAUAAUCAGUCACAUGUUCAAUUAAUAUUAACCAGGUUUAUCUAAAACAUUGUUUAUUAUUCAUGCCUUGUAAAGAUCAAUGUUUCAGGAUAUAGUUAAAUAUUUAAAGAAUUUCCCAUGUUGCUCAAGCACCAUAGAUUUAAGACUUGCUAAAAACACCUUGAAUUGAUGAGCACUUGAGUAAUUUUCUGUAUGCAGAGUUAAAUCUGUAAGCAUUGGGCUUGAUGAUUGUUUUAUGAUAUCAUUCAAAGUCCAAAUCCAAACAGGAAACAUGACAGAUAAAUCCGAGGUUUUGAGUGCUAGGAUUUGCCUUUUUGAACAAAGUAUUGCCUUCAUCUGAAAGUUAAAUCUGAUCAAUUAAUUAGAAGUUAUCAAAGUUAAAACAGGCUUUUGGUUUCAGGAUUUUAUUCUUACCUUUAAAAUCAUAACUCUGGAUUAACCCAGUUCAAUAUUUUGACAUCUCAGCUAUGUCUUGGAAAUCAAGUUGAUAACAAAGUAAUAAAUAUUUUUAAAAAAUCUCAUAGUUUAUUGCAUGCAUUUGAGAAGUUGCUGUCUUGGUGUGAAAUGAGAACUGAGGCCUGGACGAAACCAAUAAUAUACCAACUUCAGUAUGUUAUGAGUUGCCAAUUUCACUCAUUCCUUGGCAACCCCUUAUUGUUGCCGUGGAACAUUUUCUAUAGAGUAUUUUUGUGGGUUCCCUGAAGUCCAGCCUGACUGAGGGCAAACUUGAAUAAUUACACGAAGGUGUCAAGUUUUCCCCAGAAUUAAAUUGUGUGGCCCCCUUAACAGCUUACCGAGUUUCUUUUGGAAAGACUUCAGCUCAGGAAAAUAACACUCUUUGUAGCAAGUUUCAGGUACUGUGCAACAUCAGCUUAUUGGUAAACUAAAGCAAUUGUUGAGAUGGGCGGUCACAAGCCACGUGAAAUUAUCAAUCCGAAGCAUGAAUAAAUUGGCCACUAUGCUAUGAGGAAAAUGAAGAUGUAAUAAACAAAUAUUCUACUAUGUCUUAGAAAAAGCUUGCAUUUGGAAUUCUCUGUAAUGCUUAAAUUUCACUGCAAUUCACUAACUUGAAACGAGUGUACUGCGUAAAGGUGCUGUUUAAAUGACCUGGUAUAACACUGAACAUUUGUACAAAAAUUGAUCAAAUGAGUUGUAGAUUAUUGUUUUAACAUUUAUUUAGAUACAAUUGUAAAUAAAUUUUAAGAUGUUUUUGCCCGACUGAAGUUAGUAUAUGUGUUCUAUGAUUCAUUGCCUUGCUGCACAAGCCUGUUCGUUUUGUGUAUAUAUUUUAUAUUAUCGUGAGGUGUCUUGCUUUUAAAAGCUAUUUUAUAUUUUCAUUCACAAAACUUCUUCAAAAGGCCAAAACUUGUAAUGUACCAUUCCCAUUUAGCUACAGUUUGUUGUGUUACCUGUUGCCUUAUUUGUGUUACCUGUUCCCACUUACAAGGUACAUUGUAUUUCUGAUGUGCUUAAUAAAAUGGAAUUCAUCCUCUGUUUUAAUCUA